AUGCGCCGCCGCCGCCCCUGCUGCGGCUGCCCGGGCCGCUCCAGAGUGAAGGCCGGUGCGGGCGGGCCCGGGCGGGGAGCGGAGGGCGGAGGCCGGAGGCCGGGCGGGCGGCGCGGCGGCUCUGAUCGGAGUGCGCGGGGCCGCGGCGGGCGGCUCCGAGGACGUUCGGCUGCAAUCGGGGCUCCGCGGAGCUCGGCGGCAGCGGCGGCGCGGACACGGUGGCAGGAGCUCGGGCUCUUCCGGCUGCUGUGUCCGUCGCUGCCUGCAGGGGGCGCCGGUGCGGCCCGGGGAAGCACAAGCCUCCGCGGCAGGCGGCGCUGGACGCGGGGCGGGGCGCGCAGAGGCUACGGAGGGGAGGGCGGAGCCAAAGGAGCAGGCGGAGCCAGAGAAAGGGCUGGGCCGGCGGGGAAGGAGGGCGUGGCCGGCGCGGUGCACCAGGCGUUGCUCGCACUAGUCUCUCGGUGA